UGGAAACAGGUCCUGGGUUUUCAGCAUGGAAGACACUUACAUCGACUCUCUGGACCCUGAAAAGCUAUUACAAUGCCCAUAUGAUAAAAAUCACCAGAUCAGGGCCUGCAGAUUUCCGUACCAUCUUAUCAAGUGCAGAAAGAAUCAUCCUGAUGUCGCAAACAAAUUGGCCACUUGUCCCUUCAAUGCUCGCCAUCAGGUUCCUCGGGCUGAAAUCAGUCAUCAUAUCUCAAGCUGUGAUGAUAAGAGUUGUAUUGAACAGGAUGUGGUCAACCAGACUAGGAACCUUAAACAAGAGACUCUGGCAGAGAGCACAUGGCAGUGCCCUCCUUGUGAUGAGGACUGGGAUAAAGAUUUGUGGGAACAGACCAGCACUCCAUUUGUCUGGGGCACAGCCAACUUCUGUGGCAACAACAGUCCAGCAAGCAACAUAGUUAUGGAACAUAAGAGUAACCUGGCCUCUGGCAUGAGAGUUCCCAAGUCUUUACCAUAUGUUCUGCCAUGGAAAAACAAUGGGAAUGCACAGUAACUGAACAUCUUUCUUAA